UCACAGAGAAUCAACCAAAAUUUCCCCUUUUUCCUUUUCGAUCCUCAAGAAUCUGUAAUUUGCAAAAAAGCCCUCAUAUUCUUUUAUAUUUCUUUUCAAUUCUUCUCUAUAAAAUCCUCUCCAUUUCUCUUAUUCUUCACCCCAACUUUCUAACCCUUGUUUUAGUUUUUGGGUUUAAUGGCUCCCAGUUUGAAAAAUGGCGGCUCCAACGACGUCGUUUCGUAUGAUGGUUUGAACGACAUGUCGUGUCCAUUCUCCAUCGACAAGUCGGAUUUUACUGUGAACGGACAUUUGUUUCUGUCUGACGUGGCGGAGAAUAUUGUCGCUUCUCCUUCACCCUACACUUCGAUCGACAAGUCGCCGGUUUCUGUUGGUUGCUUUGUUGGGUUCGACGCGUCGGAACCUGACAGCCGACAUGUCGUUUCCAUUGGAAAGCUGAAGGAUAUCCGGUUUAUGAGUAUCUUCAGGUUUAAGGUUUGGUGGACCACGCAUUGGGUUGGUCGGAAUGGUAGCGACCUUGAAUCCGAGACUCAGAUUGUUAUCCUGGAGAAGUCGGAUUCUGGCCGGCCGUAUGUUCUCCUUCUUCCGCUCGUCGAGGGGCCGUUUAGAACGUCGAUUCAGCCCGGGGACGACGACUUUGUCGACGUUUGUGUUGAGAGUGGCUCGUCGAAAGUUGUUGGUUCCACGUUUCGGAGUGCGUUGUAUCUUCAUGCUGGCGAUGACCCGUUUGCACUUGUCAAGGAGGCGAUGAAGAUCGUGAGGACCCACCUCGGAACUUUCCGCUUGCUCGAGGAGAAGACUCCCCCAGGUAUCGUGGAUAAAUUCGGUUGGUGUACAUGGGAUGCAUUUUACCUCACAGUUCACCCACAAGGCAUCAUCGAAGGCGUAAAACAUCUCGUCGACGGUGGCUGCCCUCCUGGCCUAGUCCUAAUCGACGACGGUUGGCAGUCCAUCGGGCACGAUUCCGACCCCAUCACGAAAGAAGGAAUGAACCAAACGGUCGCAGGAGAACAAAUGCCCUGCCGCCUCUUGAAAUUCCAAGAGAAUUACAAAUUUCGUGACUAUGUCAACCCAAAGGCCUCCUCCUUUGGCGCCACCCAAAAGGGGAUGAAGGCGUUUAUAGACGAGCUGAAGGGGGAGUUCAAGACAGUGGAGUAUGUGUACGUUUGGCACGCUUUGUGUGGGUAUUGGGGCGGGCUCCGGCCGGAGGUGCCCGGCUUGCCGGAGGCAAAUGUGAUCCAGCCGGUACUGUCACCGGGCUUACAAAUGACGAUGGAGGAUUUAGCCGUUGAUAAGAUUGUUCAUCAUAAAGUGGGGUUGGUGCCGCCGGAGAAGGCCGAGGAAAUGUACGAGGGGCUGCAUGCUCAUUUGGAGAAUGUCGGGAUUGACGGCGUUAAGAUCGACGUUAUCCAUUUAUUGGAGAUGUUGUGUGAGGACUAUGGAGGGAGAGUGGAUUUGGCAAAGGCAUAUUAUAAUGCCAUGACGAAGUCGAUAAAUAAACAUUUCAAAGGAAACGGAGUUAUUGCGAGUAUGGAACAUUGUAACGACUUUAUGUUUCUCGGGACUCAAGCUGUAUCUCUUGGUCGUGUUGGUGAUGACUUUUGGUGCACUGAUCCUUCUGGUGAUCCAAACGGUACGUUUUGGUUGCAAGGAUGCCACAUGGUGCAUUGCGCCUAUAAUAGCCUGUGGAUGAGUAACUUUAUCCACCCUGAUUGGGAUAUGUUCCAAUCCACCCAUCCUUGUGCUGCCUUCCAUGCCGCCUCUCGAGCCAUCUCUGGUGGUCCGAUUUACGUCAGUGACUCUGUCGGGAAGCAUAAUUUUGAUCUCCUAAAAAAAUUAGUGCUCCCUGAUGGGUCGAUCCUUCGUAGUGAGUACUAUGCUCUACCAACUCGUGAUUGUCUCUUUGAAGACCCGUUGCAUAAUGGAGAGACUAUGCUCAAGAUAUGGAAUUUGAAUAAGUUCACUGGUGUGAUCGGUGCAUUCAAUUGCCAAGGAGGAGGAUGGUGUCGUGAGACGCGACGAAACCAAUGUUUUUCUCAAUACUCAAAACGAGUGACCUCCAAAACUAAUGCAAAAGACAUUGAGUGGAACAGCGGUGAAAAACCGAUCUCUAUUGAAGGUGUGAAAACCUUUGCACUCUACCACUAUCAAUCUAAGAAGCUCAUCAUCGCCAAACCUUCCCAAAACAUCGAAAUUUCUCUUGACCCGUUCGAGUUUGAACUCAUCAGUGUCUCACCAAUCACCACACUCGUUGAAACCUCGAUUCAAUUUGCCCCAAUUGGCCUCAUCAACAUGCUCAACACAGGUGGUGCCAUCCAAUGUGUGGUCUACAAUGAUGACCUAAGCUCUGUUAAGGUUAGCAUCAAAGGUACCGGUGAGAUGCGCGUGUUUGCAUCAAAAAAACCAAGAGCUUGUCUUAUCAAUGGUGAGGAUGUUGGGUUCAAGUACCAAGACCAAAUGGUGGCAGUCCAAGUGCCAUGGUCCGGUUCUUCUGGCAUGUCAACUAUCCAAUACUUAUUUUAAUUUAUGUAGAGCUUAAUUGUCGUUAUUUUUAUUACUAUUAAUAUAUUUCUCUCCAAAA